UUUUACACAGCUAAAGAUCCGGUUAACUUUGAGGUAAUAUGCAUAUAUGUAUGGUUCCUAACUGGCGUCAUGACGGAAAGCUGUAAAAUUGUAAAAGGCACACCAUGCAGCAUUGUUCACCUCUGCUUCUGGUUUUAGGUACACUUUUUAAAAUUUAAUUUCAUGAAGUUAUAAUUGGAAACGGAAACCCUAUGACCAUGAUUCUUCAAACAUGGCAUUAAUUACACCCUGUCUCGGGCCACGGGGAUUAUUUUCGAUCGUCCUUUUAUCAUUUUCUGUUCAGCUAGAUGUGGAUCUGAUGAUGAUGCGGAUUGCCCUUGCUGUUCCUGAAAUAAGUACCAACAACGUGACUUGAAACGACUUACUUUAUACAAUCAAAAUACAGCAAAUGUUCUCAACUGGCACUAUAAUCCAAAAUAAUGUGCAUUCGAUUUGUUUGGGAUUUGUUUAGCUAUAGUCCUUCCGGAUGCUACAGCGAAGACCGUGACUUGUCUUUGAAGCUUUCGAUAAAAUUGAAGAAAAUUGACCUUCAUGGAAAGCAUAGAACGUGAGCAUAUCAAAUGGUAUAUAUGGAUUUUUUUCUUGCUUGAAUAAGGAAACGCUAUCAUGGAAACGCCAAUUGACUCAAAUAGCAGAGUAACUCCUUACUUUUUGGAAGUGCCGUUUGUUUUGUUUUGUACAGUUGGAACUAGUUGGCUGCGUGGUAAUCUUCGACGAGUGUAUUAAGCACCCAUUGAAGUUUGCCUUCUGCAGAGCUAAGACUGAACACCCAAGUUGAAUACUGGUAAAUUCUAUGCCAUUGUUUCUUGUAGCUACCUAACCGAAUUACAGAUAAAACCUGCAGUAGUUGAAUAUAUAGAAAACACGUACCGCGAGGUUUCUAACUUUGUCGCGCGGUGGUUUGUUUUUGUUUGACAGUGGUUUACGGAGCUUAGUGUAGACUUCGAGACUAUCUCAAGUGGAAGGGUGUCUUCACUACGACGUGGAAGAUUUUGUGAUGAACCUGACAAACUGGUAUGAUCUCUAAAUUGUUUUGUCUGUACGUCUCAGCAACGUAUUAGAAAAUUAUAAAAAUACAGCGUGUUCCAAAAAUCAAUCGGGAAGUUUCAUCAUAACUCAAAAUAUUGGAAAAACUUGAACUUAAGGGUUGAAUAGGACCCUUAGCUCCCUCUAAUCUUUUAGAAGCGCCGUUUUGUUUGUUUUGCACAGCUUGAAGGGUGCUACUAGACGAAUAUUGAGCUGCCUUCGACUUCACCAGCUGCACAACUCAAUUUGAAAACACCUGAGUUACAUAGUGGUAAAUCAUAACAUUUUUUCUUGUAGCUACUUAACUACAUUGUAGAUAAAUGAUGCAAUUCUUGAAAAAUCGGAAUGUAGUAAAAUGAGAGGUAUGACGCCUGAAGGUUCCUAACAAUGUUCUGUGGUGGUGUUUUUUUGUUAACAGUUCCUGAUUGUAUCUUGAAAGCAGAAGCAUGACAGCAUAAGCAGUAAGACUCAAAUGUCCACAGAAGAUGUAAUUUUAUCUGAAAUAAAUGUUUGCAUUUCUCCAAAAAUAAUGGAAAAUGGAAAAUCUGCUAGUUCCCAGAAAUCUAAAAAGUGGUCUCCUGUUUCUUACAAACAGAAAAUCGGGGUUAAAUGACCCUUGGAUCCCUGUAAUUUUUGGAUUUGCCUUUUUUUAUUUUAUACAGCUUGAAGUGCCUGGCUACAUGGUGCUACAAGAUAUUUAUAUAGCUGCCAUUAUAAGCUACUUGCUGAGCAACUAAAACGGGUGACGACUCAAAUUCAAUACUGGUAAAAUUUUACCAUUUUUCUUGUUGCUAAAUUGUACAUAAAUUCUAUAAAAGUUUGAAACUUGAAUGUAUAGAAGACGUUUACAGGUAUCGUACUUUUAAGGCUCUUAACGUUGUUUGUGGUUGUUUUAUUUUGUUUGACAGUGGCUUGUGGAGCAUGGCCUAGUGAACUACAAAACUUUCAGUUGAAUUGGACGUAUAAAUAAUUAGUGCUAAACCUAUAUUUCCAAAAUGUUUUGUCUGUAUGUCUAUACUGGCAAGUAGACAAUUUUUGCAUGUUGCCAGAAACCACAGAAAGUUAAUAACUGGAAGCAUUUAGCAUUAUGUUAUCUCCCUUUAUUUUGGAAGCGCCGUUUAUUUUGUUCAGCUUAUAAUGGUUGACUGCUUGGUGCUACUAGACUGAUAUUGACCUGCCUAUGACUUUCAUCUACUGCACAACUAUUUAAGGAAAAACAAGUGUUUAUGGUAAAAUCUGACUACCUUUUCUCUUGUAGCUAUCUAAAUUUUAGAUAAUACUGCAAUAGUUUUAUGAAUGCAAAUGCACAGAGGUACACGCCUCUUAAGGCUCCUAAUGAUGUCGUGUGGUGGUGAUUUUUGUUUGACAGUUCCUGACUUUAUCUCGAAGUGGAAUAUGUUUACAAUACUUCGUACAAAAUGGCAACAAAUUUGUGCAAAUGGAUAUAUCUUCAAAAUGUUUCGCACAUUUUAUAACAACAAUUCAAACCGUGUGUAGAAAGAAAUCAAAUGACAGAGCGAUAACACUUCAGAAACGAUUAAUAGUGGUAAAACAGAUGAUCAUUUAUUGUGCGCUUAACCAAAAUGUUGGUCGGGGUUUUAUUAUUUCACUAUAGGCCCUGACCUAGAAAAGUAAGGAACCGUGCUUGAGUGCAAAUUCGGGCUGCGAUCUAUACUAUGCUAACAUCAGAAUGGAUCCCAAGCUUGCGGUAUGAUAGCCUACGUCUUUUUGGUAACGAUGAAUUUUAUAUACUAACAAAUUUGAUAAUUUUUCCUUGUACAUAACGAUUGCCUGUUCUCUUUGUUACUUUGUUCAGCUAGAUAAUCUUCCUAAUGGUUGGUUGUAGCUGCCACUAAGACACAGUACUACAUAGAAAACGACCCGUCGGAAUGAAUGAUAUUCCGUUUGUAACGUAAAGAAAUUGAUGAUCAUGUGACUAAGGAGCAAUGUGAAGUGCAGUGUUACAGUUGGGGUAGUGUAUGUGUCUUAAAUGCAUUUUAUAUGGAUAAAAUUAAUGCAACCUCUAGUAUUCCUCAUCGAUUUUAGUGAAUUUUCAUUGUGUUAAUGUUUAUAUGGUGGUAAAGUUUGGUUUUUGUUUUCAUUAACUUUUAUAAUGUGGAUGUGAAAUCAUUCUUCAACCCAUUCUUUUUCGUAUGUUGUUCUGUUCAAAUUUAGGUCGUGGCUGUUCAAACCGAGUGAGUCAAAAAGUUUGAUGGCAAACAAAAGUGCACGCAAUAAAGAAAACGUUAUAAACAAACAAAUUAAAUUACACUCAACACAUACAUUCGAAAAACAUGAUAGUACGGGUUGAAAAGGUAACAAAUAAACGUAUGCAUGGUAGGUGUUUUGUGGUUUAGUAUUAAACAUAAUGGACUUUUAUUAAAAAUUGCUCGUAAUGAGUACUUAAAACAAAAUUGCUUGCUUCUGUCUGUUUAAUACUUACUGUGUAAAAAAAUAAUGGCCAAUUAGUGUGGUUAAUUUAACUAGCUUAUAGUUAAUGUACCGUAUACGUGCGUUAACAUAUCUAAUGUAUUAGAAUUUAUUUAGUGCUGAUUGAUGAACAUACGUUGUAUAAACGGGUAGUUAGAUCCUACGAAUAGCUUUGGUGGAUUUGAUACAAAAUUUGGUAACCAAAAUGGGUCUGUGUUAACGCUAACACAUUUGCAAUAGUUGUGCUCUGUGUCUGUUAUAGGUGCGAGUCAGCACGUGUGCAUUGACCAAUAAUCUUAGAUCACUGUCGCGAGACGAUGCCCUUGCUAAUGUGAUUGGAAGACUAAUUUCAUUGCGUAUCGACGUUAAACAAAGAGAUGGUAAAGGCUCAAUCGAUAAUAGAUGUAACAGUACAUUUUAUAAGAUGCGAUUAAAUAGCAAGAGCAGCCUAUCUGCUCUAAUAUUAACCCUAAUUAGUUUUUGUUUUUAUUAUGUUUAGCUAGAUCUGUAUCGUUGACGGAUGUGUACUAAAUCCAUCGUUUAUGGGGCAACCAAGAUCUCUGCUGCUGUCACUCAGCACAUUUAAUUAACCUCUGCUACUCACGCACGGUGUGUUAACUGGUAGUCCACCGCUGCGUUCUUUAACCACGUUGUGACUAGAACUGCCGUCGACUGGCUAUUUAGCCACGGUGUGUUACGACACUCCAGCCGCUGCGCUCUUUGCCACGGUGUGUUAGCCUGCUCUGCCCCAGCGCCCCAAAACCCCGGGUGAGAAGAAGCCGUCGCUGCCUUGUCACGGUUUGAUGAGACUUCCUCUCCGCUGCCCUUAUCAGCCAAGGGCGAAAGUUAUCCGUAUUCCGGAUUCUUCACGCAGUUACCUCGUCUCAGCGCAACUACCUAUAGGUACAAACUUUAUUCAAAACAGAAAUAUUACUAAAGAGCAUUACUGCUCUUUUACUAACCCUAAACUUUCGUGUCUGUUUUGGAAUGUUUAGCUAGGAUUGCAUCGUCUACAAGAAUUUGCAGUAUGUCUAACUAUCAAUACACUGCUGCACCUACUUUUUUACGGAAUGACGAAAACUACUGGCGCUGCUCUUUUUAGCCACGACAUGUGGAGGCACCCCAAUUGCAGCGCAAUUUAGUCACGGUUUGAGCUCCGUGUCGGGCAACCCGCGCUGCUAUUUUGCCCUAGUGUAUCGGUUUAGUCGCGUUGCUGCCCUGCCAGAGCGUUCCGGUAUGUACGCGCUGAUGCCCUGUCACAGCGUACUGGUCUACUCGCGCUGCAGCCAAGUCCCAGCGUAUCGGCCUACUCUCGCUGCUGCCCUGUCACAUCGUGCCGGUCUACUCGCUGCUGCCGUGUCACAGCGUGCCGGCCUACUCGCUGCUGCCGUGCCACAGCGUGCCGGUCUACUCGCGCUGCUGCCCUGUCACAUCGUACCGAUCUAUUCGCGUUACUGCCCGGCCGCUGCGUGCCGAUCUAUUCGCGUUGCUGCCCGGCCGCUGCAUGUCGGUUUACACGCACUGCUGCCCAGCCACAGCGUGCCGGUCUACUCGCGCUGCUGCCCUGCCAUAGUGUGCCGAUCUACUCACGCUGCUGCCCUGCCACAGCGUGCCGGUCUACUCACGCUGCUGCCCUACCACAGCGUGCCGGUCUACUCACGCUGCUGCCCAGCCACAGCGUGCCGGUCUACUUGCGCUGCUGCCCAACCACAGCGUGCCGGUCUACUUGCGCUGCUGCCCUGUCACAGCGUGCUGGUCUACUCGCGUUACUACCCUACCACACCGUGCCGGUUUGCUCGCGCUGCUGCUCUGUCACAGCGUGCCGAUUUAUUCGUGUUGCUGCCCGGCUGCUGCGUGCCGGUCUAUUCGUGUUGCUGCCCGGCCGCUUCGUGUCGGUUUACACGCGCUGCUGCCCAGCCACAGCGUGCCAGUCUACUCGCGCUGCUGCCCUGCCACAGCGUGCCGGUCUACUCGCGCUACUGCCCUGUCACAGCGUGCCGGUUUACUCUUGCUGCUGCCCGGCCGCUGCGUGUCGGUUUACACGCGCUGCUACCCAGCUACAGCGGGCCGGUCUACUCGCGCUGCUGCCCGGUCUACUCGCGCAGCUGCCUGGUCUACUUGCGCUGCUGCCCGGUCUACUCGCGCUGCUGCCCGGGCUGCCCGGCCGCUGCGUGCCGGUUUAUUCGUGUUGCUGCCCGGUUGGUUUACACGCACUGCUGCCCAACCACAGCGUGCCGGUCUACUCGCGCUGCUGCCCUGCCACAGCGUGCCGGUUUACUCGUGCUGUUGCCCGGACGCUGCGUGUCGGUUUACACGCGUUGCUGCCCAGCCACAGCGGGCCGGUCUACUCGCACUGCUGCCCAGUCUCAGCGUGCCGGUCUACUCGCGCUGCUACCCUGCCACAUCGUGCCGGUGUACUCGCGCUGCUGCCCUGCCACAGCGCUCCGGUCUACUCGCGCUACUGCCCCGUCAUGGCACAGCGUGUCUCGCGUUCCGGUUUAUUCGUGUUGGGGCCCUGUCACAGCGUGCUGGAUUGUACACGCUGCUGCCCUGCCACAGCGUGUCGGAUUACUCGCGCUGCUGCCCUGCCACAGCGUAUCGGACUUCUCGCGCUGCUGCCCUGUCACAGCGUGCCGGUCUACUAGCGUUGCAGCAUCGCCACAGCGUGCUGGUCAACUUACGCUGCUGCCCUGCCACAGCGUGCCAGUCUACUUCGCGCUACUGCCCUGUCACAACUUGCUGGUCUACUCGCGCUGCUGCCGUCCUGCCACGGCGUACCGGUCUACUGGCGCUGAUACCACCCCGCCACAGUGUGUCUCGGUCGCUGGCUUUGCUGCAAAACCACUACGAACCGACAUCUCGGGCUGUUGCCGUACUGCAACGUGUUCCAGAUCGUUCGUUCUGCUGCCCUGCCGUGAAAUGUCUUGACUACAGACCACAAUUGCUGAUGAUUCGUCAAUAUUCCUCAUGACGUUGACUAGCAGACAAACG